AUGGGCAUUGCUACCCUUGCCGCGAUGUGGGUGGCGUCGUCGCUGAUGCUACGCAGUGCCGCUGUCCGGUCGCAGUCCGGCAUUUUAGCCGCCUGUGACUACAAGGACCUGGCAACAGCCGAGGUCCACGGUGUGUCCGGUGGCGUGGACGUGUCCUUCUGCGGAAAGUCGGUGACGUUGCGCGAAAGUGGCUCGGCAGCAGAUCCGUUUGCCGGCGUGACUUGGUGGGAUGCAUCGCACCAGGGAGAGAAGCUCACGAAGCAGGAGUCGAAGACUUUGAAGAACCACGUCGGCUCCUACUGGCGUUACGGACGCUCGGUGGCUCAACUCGGCAAGGGAUUGCUGCCACCGCUCUAUAAGGAAGACUACAACACGGACUUCAAGGACGACAACUACGCCUCGUUGGUUCGUUCGGUUUUGGGCUUCACGGUGACCCUUGCAGAUGCUGCAAACAAGCUCCCGGCCCCAGCAGCCUGUACGGAUGCGUGGCUUGGUGAUUGGAUCCCCAAAGAGGCACUGGAACUUCUCCGUUUGAAGAAAGAGACGGGAAGGACGACGAGCUUCCCAUGGUUCCAGUCUCCCACCUUCGAUGAGAGCCAUUCUUACCAGUUCUUGACCGAGAAAGAACAGCCCUCGAGCUGCAAGCCUGUGUGCCUUCAGCAGAACAUCUCCUUCCCAGUGCAGUUCCACUUCCGGACCCGCCAUGGCAAGGACGUCGCCAAGUACGACACGAAGGAGAAGCCGAUGCUUGUGUUGCCCAAUCUCGCCUUCAAGGUUGCUGAUGUAUCCGAGGUGAUCACCGACCCCCUCUACGUCAUGUCCACGGCGGAGCUGGUGCAGUGGCUCAACACGACGCACCCCUACAAGAGCUUUCAGGAAAGAGCAGGGCAGACGUUCGGCCCGUACCCUCGCCUUGCGAAGGAGGUGCAACGUCGCCGAAUGGAUGGGAAUCUGAGGUUUAAACUUAGAAGUCACGGGAUGCAAAUGACUUUUGUUCCCGCUUUUCAAUGGUCUACAUGGGUCUUCGAGAGAGUGUGUUGGAUGUUCUCAACAGUGUCAAAAGGUCAUCUCCUUGCAAGCACAUCUAAGGAAGGGGUUCUCGGCCUGGGAAGUGAAGGGGGACGGCGAGGGCAAGUAUGA